UCUCUGCCCGGGGGCGGCAGCGGCUGGUCGGCGGCAGCUCUGCGGGUGCGGGGGCGGCGAGCUGAGGACUUAGCGACCGCGGCCGGAGCGUGCCGGCCACCGCCCGCACCGCCCUUCCGCCCACUCUCUGGACGGCCGCAGCCCUGCGGGUCUCCACUCCAGACCCACCUCCGCCCCACCCCGCGCGUCUCUGCCGCCUCUUCCAGAGACCCAGCUUGCUGAGCGGCCGCCACUGCCGCUGUCGCCGCCGCCGCCACCGCGUCAGGUUCCGGCCGCGGCCACCUUCCGACGUCCAGGGCCCCUCCGUCCCGGCCCCGGGACCCCGGCUCCCCGCCAGCCCCGGCCCCGGCCCCGGCACCAUGUCGGAGAAGAGCGUGGAGGCAGCGGCCGAGCUGAGCGCCAAGGACCUGAAGGAGAAGAAAGAGAAGGUAGAGGAGAAGGCGAGCCGGAAAGAACGAAAGAAAGAAGUGGUGGAGGUGCUGAGGGAGGAGGAGAAUGGAGCCGAGGAAGAAGAAGAAGAAACUGCUGAGGAUGGAGAAGAGGAAGAUGAAGGGGAAGAAGAAGAUGAGGAAGAAGAAGAUGAUGACGACGAAGGGCCCGCGCUGAAGAGAGCUGCUGAAGAGGAGGAUGAAGCUGAUCCCAAGCGGCAGAAGACAGAAAAUGGGGCAUCAGCAUGAGCCCCCUGCCAAUGGGCUGGGGUGGGAGGCCGCCAGGGCCUGGAGAUGGGGACAGGGACAGAUGAGUGCAGCCACUCUUCCCCUGGCUCCUUGCUCUGAGCCCUGCGUCAGAGCUGCCACCCUCUUCCCCCCAGCCUUCUCAUGUCCACCUCUCCAGACGUUGCCCCUCCAUCUUCACUCUGCCGUUUUCCGUCUCCUGACCUGUUCCAUCUGAGCUCCCCGCUGGUCCCCAAUCGCCCCUUUCUCUCUUCUUUUUCUCUUCCUUUCACCCCCGGCCACUCCCACUCCUCCUCCGUUAGCCUCUUCUUCCUAACCUCUGCAUCCGAGCCUCCUGUCCUGUCCAUCCCUACCCUGCCUGAUCCCUGGGUCUCCCUCAGAUCCCCUCCUUUCAGACAGCGCCAGGCCAGGGUGGGGCCAGGGUUGGGACCAAGCCCCACAGCUGCCCCCCUCUACUCCCCUUUUUGUAUAAUUUAAUAAAGAAAUGGU